AUGGGAUUCCGUAUCACGACGUGGAAUGUCAAUGGUAUCCGAAAUCCGUUUUCCUAUGAGCCAUGGAGAGGGACGCGCACGUUCGAGUCCAUGUUUGACAUCCUGGAAUCUGAUAUUGUCGUUCUCCAAGAGACCAAGAUCCAACGCAAAGACCUCCGCGAUGACAUGGUCUUGGUGCCAGGUUGGGACUGCUACUUCAGUCUCCCUCGAUUUAAGAAAGGAUACUCUGGUGUUGUAAUAUACACGCGCAAUGCCACAUGUGCUCCCAUACGGGCCGAAGAAGGCAUCACCGGUGUUCUCUGCCCGCCGAACUCGGCGGUAUCAUUCUGUGAUCUUCCAAAAGAGCAACAGAUUGGUGGAUAUCCCACCGCUGAGCAACUUUCCCGACUAGUGGUAGAUCCUGAAGAGCCUAAUUCAGAAGACGAGCAAGAUGACUCCAACCCGAGGCCUGGAGCCAGAAUCGAUGCAUCUACCCUUGACUCCGAAGGCCGCUGUGUUAUUCUGGAGUUUCCCGCCUUUGUCCUCAUUGGUGUAUACUGUCCAGCAAAUCGGGACGAAAGUCGAGAUACCUUCCGCAUGGACUUUCUCAAUGCCUUGGAUUCUCGGGUCCGCAACCUGACAGCGAUGGGAAAACGCGUGAUCGUGGCUGGAGAUAUCAACAUUGCAAAACGGGGAUUCGAUGCAGCACAUGGGAUGGAAGCUAUACGGAAGGGCACAAUGUCGGAGGAGGAGUUCAUAUCUAGCCCUGCUCGGCGUCUUUUCAAUCACCUGCUAUCUGACGGUGUCGUUAUCGGUGAACGCGAUAGCGGCAGGGAAGAGCCGGUUCUCUUUGAUAUCUGCAGGUCGUUCCAUCCAGAUCGUACUGGGAUGUAUACGUGUUGGGAUCAGAAACUUAAUACUCGGCCAGGAAACUAUGGUUCAAGGAUCGACUAUGUGCUUUGCAGCUUGAAUAUGCAGGACUGGCUCUCAGGAUCCAAUAUCCAGGAAGGUUUGAUGGGAUCGGACCACUGCCCUGUCUUCGUCGAUUUCAAAGACUCCAUACCGCAGCCGGAAGGCCCGGUGAACAUCAGGGACAUUCUUAACCCACCGGGAAUGUUCAAAAAUGGCGAGCGCCAACAGGAAUACUCGGUCAAAUUUGCAUUGCCUGCUUCAGGACGUUUACUACCAGAGUUUGACGUUAAUAAGCGCCAAAGUAUCAAGGAUAUGUUUGCUCGCAAACCGGCCAGUGCUCCAACGAAACCGGUGCACUCGGCCCUGGCAUUCACUACAGAAUCCGAGGCUCAAACUCCAGAAUCACCGGUCGCAACUACAACAUCCCAAUCUAGUGGAAUUGUUCAAAGCUCUUCUGCGCCCAUCAAAACCGACAAUCAAUUAAAUCAUACUGCUUCUCGCAAGCGCUCGCAACCUCUCCCAACUCCACUGACGAAACGCAGCAAGUCCUCAGCAACAGCAUCUCCAGGGGCCACAACAGCAGGCCAAAAGUCACUGAUGGGGUUUUUCAAACCAAAAGUCGUGAACUGCGAUCAAUCUACUCAGUCCUCGAUACCAAUCCCUGUCUCGGGGACACCGCUUAACAUCCAAACACCUUCCUCGUCAGAAGAGAACCAGACAGCUCCAGACCUCGGAUCGCAGCCCUCUGAAGCACACACAUACGACUCAUCUGUCCAGACACCUAAAUCCAGCAAGCUCAUGGACAGCGAUACAGUCAUUGACCCAAUCGUCAGCAAGGAGGAUUGGUCGAAGCUUUUACUAAGAAGCCCGUCCCACCGUGUGACGGACACCACGAGCCUUGCAUCAGCUUGA